AUGAACGCACCACCACAGCAGCAAGGCCCUCCGCCGCCGACCGCCGAGCAGCUCGCCAUCACCGAUGCAGGAUUCCAGCAGGUGCCUCUGGCGCUCGAUCCCGAAUCCAAAACGCUUUCGACCCCCGUUCCCGGUAUGGACCUCACCGUGCUGAAUGCGCUCAUCCGCUCCAUUCAAGGUCUUCCCCCGAACGUGGCCUUCCCACCUCCACCGAACGCCAUCGCGCCGCAGCGCAGUAUGGCGAUCAAUCAGGCCAAGGAGCAGGGCAACGCUGCGUAUCGCAACAAGGACUGGGCCGAGGCGGUCAAGAUGUACACCCUGGCCAUUGACGUCGCUGCCUCGCGACCGCUGUGGGAGGCCAACCAGGUGGCGCGCGACGAGCUCAGUCUGUGUCUCGCGAAUAGAAGUGCCGCUUUCGCAAGCUGUGAAGACUGGAUCGGCGCACUCUGCGAUGCAGAGGCUGUUACCAAGUUGAAGAAGCCCUGGGCCAAGGGGCAUUACAGGAAGGGAAAGGCACUUGUGGGUCUGGAGAGGUGGAAGGAGGCAAGGGAGGCGUUCGAGUUGGGACUUCAGUUUGAUCCUGAUAACAAGGAUUUGAAGACCGCGCUGGAGGAGCUGCCCAACAAUAAGAAUCAGCUUUGA